UCAAGAAUACUCAUUUACAUAACCAGUGCAAUCACGUCACGUUAUUCAGAAUUCUUUUUGUUCCUGGACUUCAGUCUUCAGUUGCUUAUCCUACUGAACUGAACUGAAACCACAGAAGUCUUCAAAAGGAACCCUACACUGCGGAGUUUACAAAUUUCGAUUUCUGGAACUCAGCAGUGUUGACCGCAUUUCCGCAGAGCGGAGAGUUGGAACAACUGGCGACAACCAGCAAAACAUGGCAGAUACCCUUCUCAAGAUCCUGCAAGAGCUAGCACCCGAGGUACUGGACCAAUUCAAAUACUACUUAACCAAGCAGAACAAACCGAUUCCUCUUGGGAAUCAGGGUACUACUGUAACUCAUCUGGUGCAGAGUAUGGAGCUGGCCUAUACGGAAGAACUUUCCCUUGAUGUAACUCUAACAAUUUUGGAAAAAAUGGAUUGCACACAAGUUGCACAAAAACUUAAGCAAAUGAUGCAGAAUCGACAUACCACAAGUGUUCCAGGGCCCAGUCUGGAUCAGAAGCAGAACAAUUUGAACUUCUUCAACAAGUACAAGGCAGACCUGGAGGAACGAAUGGACGUCUCUGGCCUACUCAGAGAACUAGAGCGGUGUGGCAUUCUCAAUGCUCAGGAGAGGGAGAUGGUGGCUGUGAAACCCACUUCUGACCAGCGGAACCAUGCUCUGAUCGUCCAUCUCGAUCGGAAGGGAGAAGUGGCUCAAAAUAAGUUUUAUGAGAUUCUGAAGAAAACCGAACCCUACCUUGUGACAGAUCUUGAAAACGCUUAGCUUAGAAUAGCAGGACAAUUGAUACAUUUGUCAUUUGUAAUUUUUUGACAAAUUUAUUUUCAUGCAUCUUUUUUUAUCCAAAUGAAUUUGAUUAGCCGCAACAGAUUUGUAUGAAUACCUUUCAGCAUUUUUAGUUAGGCUAUUUGACUGGGCUGUAUUGGGGCAUGUCAUCAAAUAAAUAAAUGUUGCCAAUAUAGA